CUUUUAUUAAAGAGAAAAUUAAAUGGUUAAAACAACAAAAAUUAAUUGUUUCAUCGCAUAACUCUUGGAUCUCGUCUGCUUUGGUAGUUGAAAAAGCCAAUAGAAAAUUCUGUCUCGUCAUAGAUUAUCGCCAAUCGAAUAAAGUUAUUAAACCUGACACUAACCCUUUACCAAAAAUAUCUGACAUGUUGGAUGCUCUGACUCAUAUUCAAGACCGGUUAGAUGAAUGUCAGGAGGAAUGUUACCAAAUAAGAGAAUCUUUAGAAGGAGCUCAUGAAAAUAUUACAGAAGGUGAGUUUACAUAUGACGAGUUAAAGCAGAAAUUGCACAUCUUAGGAUUAACCUAUAUCGCAUGGCGAGCUCGCAAUCUAAGGCAGGCUCAAAUUUUAAAUGUGGAAUUUAAUACAGCAAGAAUCGCUUGGAGAAAUCAAAGAGAUAGAAAUCGGCAUAUUGCUCAAAAAUUACAAAAUUGUCAGGAUACUAGACAAAUAUAUACCAGAAGACCUCCAGAUGGCUAUGGGGUAAAUUUUGAAAGGUAUAUUCAUGCUGAUAUCAUAAAUCCAACUCCUUCAACUAGUCAAAUUAUGGAAUCUCUAGCCAACGAUCUUUAUAAAAAAUUAUCAGAUAG